AUGGCAGCUGACUCUGUUCCUAAUGCGCAAAUAACAGAUGCAUCGUUAACCUCUGUGACUCAGAAUUUGGAGAAGGAGAUUGCCAAGGACAAUUACGAAUGGCUCUCUCCCUCAAAGGUAUCACGACGGCAGCAGGAGGUUUCACCACCACAAGUGGAGGCUUCUUCUGGUUCGCGAUUUGCAGAGCUUCUAAAUGAGGAAGAUGAGACUGAGGAGGAAACAAAAAAUGAGGAAAGUGCAGAAGUAGUCGAAACAGGGGAAGAGAGAGAUGCGACGGACAAACAUACCGAAGCAACGAUUCAAUCUCAUACUACGAGUGAAAACGAUGGGGAAGUUAUGGAGGGGAAUCAAAACUCACUGCAGCGAGCAGCAAAGACAGCUCAUAGAUAUGUAACCAAGUCCUCGACCGCGAGUUCUGUUGCCAAUGGUGGUGGAGCUUCGAGACCGAGGAGGAAGAAUAACCAAAAAAAUAACAAUCAAUGA